AUGGUUGAUAGAAAAGCUGAAUUGUUAAAAUCUAAUUCAAUUGAAUCGCUCGACGAACGAGUGUUAUUCUACCACACUUUUUUCACAAAUAAUUUUUAUAUUAAUAACAACGGAAAUACUCAUAAUAAUGGUGAAAAUAAUGUUGAUGACAACACCUUAAACACCAAUACUGAAAAAAUCGAUGAUGAUACUUUAAAACUGAAGAAGGAAGAUUUGAAAAAUGGUUUCGAAAAUCUAGAAAAUUGCGUGGAAAAGGAACAACGAGUUCGAAACAGUUACUGGAAUUUUUUAAAUAUUAUUAAUGGUUGUUUAAGUGACAAAUGUUUGAGAGAAUAUCCAGAUAUUUUUCUUUUAGCUAUUGGGACUUAUCCGCCGGUUAAUAAUAAGGCUCUUGAACGAAUGCAAUAUAAAAACCGACAACAAUCACUCCUCAAGAAAAUACCAAUCAAUGUAGAAUUUAAUAUGUCUUCAAGUGAAUGGGGGAAAAACUUUAAAAAUAUUAAGGCG